AAACAUUCUUCCAACGAAAGAGUCGCAGUUUGCCAUUGUAAGGUGAAACAUUGGUCUAAAAUGAGAAUUGUGCUACUUCUGAUUCUUGGCUUCGUGCUGCUCAUUCAACAAACCCUAACCUGUAACCGUCCUAGGCCAUUGCAAAGGCCUGCGGUCAAUCUGGACAGGCCAUGUUCUCUCUUGAUUGUCAUUGAUAAGAAAUUUAUCGAUCACUUUCAAAGGAAUAUCACGCAUAUCACAAAGGUUAUCAAAGAUCUCGAGACCCAGGCCAACAAUAUCUUCACAAGGGACAUUUUUGUUGAAGAAUUUGAAGGGGUCUAUUUUCGAGUGGAAGAGAUUCGGUUUUCACUGAACUUUAACUCGGAGUGUGAUCAAGAUAUAACAUGCCUUUUAGAAGCCUUCUCUUUCGAGGACUUUUCACAGUUUUGCUUGGCUCACAUGUUGACUUAUCAAGAAUUUUUAUACGAUGCACAAGGAAUUUCGUACGUCAAAGCUCUUUGUUCCACCAAGCAAAGAAACUUUGGUAUUACGAGUCUAUUUAAUAACGGGAAAGAAUCACCUUAUGAACAGUAUGCCACUGCUUUCGUGCACGAGUUGGGCCACAAUUUUGGGGCCAAUCACGAUGAUGAGGUGAAUUGCAAUACAAACUAUAUCAUGAACUCAAAGUACACCAAGACCAAUCGGAAUUUUUUUUCGGACUGCUCAAAACAAUCAAUAAAGGCUCACAUGACUGAGUGUUUCAAGGUCAAAUCGCCCAUAAAGCUGAACCAAAGUGCCUUCUGUGGAAAUGAAAGUGGGAACGUUGAAGGGUUCAAGCAAUGUGAUUGUGGCCCUGAGGAUAGUGUAUGUGCUGAUCGAUGUUGCUACCCACCGAAAUUGAACCCUAACUCAACCAAUAUGUUAGCUGCGCCAUGCGGUUGGAUCAAGAAAAAGGAUUGCCACAACUUAUCCAAUGUAAAUGUGUUUUUUGUCUUUUUGAUUAUCUCACUUUUGCUUGCACUGAUUGUGCUGGUUAUAAGGUGGCAUGAGAAGGAGCAUUAUUUAAGAAAUAUCUCCAGUUUCUAUGUUUUGUUCCUUCCAAGGAAACAAGAUUCAUGUUUUGGAGAAAAUGCACCUCUGUCUGUAAAUAACGGAACUGAUAAGCUAUAAUAACCAUAAAGCCAAUUUUGUGGGUAAAAA